UCAAUGCAUGGUGCAUGUUGUAUGAUGAGAUGUGUUUGGUAAUGUAAAAGUUGUGUAAAAUGAAGUUUAAAAAGCUGCAGUUAAUAAUUUUGGUUCAAAAACGAAAGGUGAUUUGAUAACCGUUGCAAUGGAGGUUCCCAUUGUGCAUGACACUCAAGUAAAUGAAAAUGACAUAAAUGAUGUCUUCGAAUCGCUGCUGCUAAGCGAAGAAAAAUUAAGUGCAGAAGGUUUUCAGGAGGGGUUGAAGAAAGGUUCUGUAGAUGGGUUAUGCGAAGGUUUCCAUUUGGGAUAUCACAGAGGUGCAGAAAUAGGCGCAGAGAUUGGUUUCUAUAAAGGAGUUAUUCAGGCGUGGCUUAUCAUCAGCAGAACGCCAGGAAAUAAUUUCAAAGGAGAGAAGGACUUAGAAAAGUUUAUGGAGUUGUGCCGAUCUUUCCCAACUAGCAAUUCAGAAAACGAGGACAUCCUGGAUCUCUUGAGUUCCAUAAGAGCAAAGUAUAGGAAACUGUGUGCUUUGUACAAAUUUAAUACUAUUAUUACAACUUCGGCGAAACUAUCAUUCUGA